AUGGAGAUACAGAAGGGACGUCCUGCGUCUAUAACCGGGUGCUGGACCCGAUUCCAGAUUCUCAUCCUCUGGAAGUCUCCUGUCAGGCAAGGACUGGCGGCCAGGGUGGCUAUGGCAUCCUGCCCCAAAGGGCAGUACUGGGACUCCUUGUCGAAAACCUGUAUCUCCUGUGCAGUGACCUGCAGCCAGAGAAGCCAGCGCACCUGUACAGACUUCUGCAAGUUCCUCAGUUGCCGAAAAGAGCAAGGCAAGUAUUAUGACCAUCUCCUGGGGGCCUGUGUCAGCUGCGACUCCACCUGCACACAGCACCCUCAGCAGUGUGCGCACUUCUGUGAGAAAAGGGCCAGAAGCCAGGCGAACCUCCAGCCUGAGUUCAGGAGACCGUGGGCUGGGGAGGUGGAAGCCAGGCCGGAUACCUCAGGAAGGCACCAGGGAGCGGAGCAUGGAGGCUUGCAGGAGGGCCCAGGAUUGAAGCUGAGCAGCGACCUAGUUCUAGUCUACAGCAUACUGGGGCUCUGCCUCUGUGCCAUCUUCUGCUGUUUCUUGGUGGCUGUGGCCUGCUUCCUCCGGCGUAGAGGAGAGCCGCUUCCCAGCCAGCGUGCAGGGUCCUGUAGGUCACAAGCAAAGUCUCCCCACCGGCCCGCGACGGAGGCUCGCAGCGAGGUGGUCUUGCCACCCCAGCCUGUCGAGACGUGCAGCUUCUGCUUCCCGGAGCGCGGGUCGCCCACGCAGGAGAGCGCGCGUGCGCUCGGGAUGCUCGGCUUCGCAGGCACCGCCACCCAGCAGCCCUGUGAGCUCGCAUCGGUCGGCGGCCUGGGUGUCCUGCGAGUGCCCACCGGGGACACGCGUCCGGGAGCUUGACAGCCAGCGAAGGAGGAGGACCGGGAAGUGAGAGGAUGGAAUGCGAGGACUUGGGAAGUGGUGGACAAGAGACCAGAU